CAAAGCAACACUCCAGGUGUUUUUGAUGCUCUACAUCAUUUUGACAUGAUGUAGAGCUAAAAAAAUAAAUGAAAAAAAGUCAACUUUACAUAAUGCUGCUUUAAGUAAAAAGUGAUGAAAUUUCACAAAACUGCCAAUUAAACUGACUUUUAAGGAAAAUAUAAAGAUAAGAGUACAACACUGGUUUAUUAAAACCCCAGAUUAAUUAAUCUGCUUCAAAACGUGUUUGGCUUGAUGAAGUCAAACGGAUCCUAGUUUCUGCCGGCCGGACCUGGACAGGGAGCGGGAUCAGGAAUCCCAGCCUGCAUCUGCUGCUCUCAUGGUCGCUGGAAUAUUUUUAUUUUACAGCCACAGGCCGGUGUUUGAGGAGGGGGAUCGCUUUUCCUGUCAUCGCCUCAGUUUGAUUUAGAUGUCCGUGGAAUGGCGCAGCGCAUCACUCUGUGCGCCCAGCAGGCUUUGUGCCCGCAGCAGAGAAUAGGAAAUCGCUUUUUUUUUUUUGUGACGUUUUAAACAGAAAUGAAAAGAUCUAAAACAAUAGUCCGUAUUUUAUCCUUUUUGUGACGAGUGUUAAUCCUGGCGGCGCUGUGGAUGUGAUGAGCCAAAAUGUUUCUGCAGUUUUCCUGGCAGCGCGCCUGUGGCUCGGUUUGUUUGUCUGCUCCAGACUGCAGGGCGCACUGAUCCUCCGUGAACACAGAACAAAUGACUUCUGGGAAUAAAGAGUCUUAAAAAAAAAAGAACUUCCUACUACUAUCUGAUCAGAAAGAAGAGGAAAAACGACAAAGUGGUCUAAACUGUGCGCUACGUGGCACAACAAAACGCAGCGAUGCGGUGUCGGAUCUGCGUCCUGAUUCUGCUGCUGCUGUUGCUGCUGCUGGUUCUGGUGCCAGCCUGGCUGGCAGAGACGGCACGGGUUCGGAAGAAAACCACCAGAACCCGGCCUUGUCUGGACCUGCCGGAGGAGAUUUUGGAGCAGAUGUUUGGGCGGCUCUCGGUGGGGGUGAUGAGCGCCUUCCACCACGCUCUGCAGCUGGAGCCCCGGGACAAACUCAACCUCACCUGCCCGACCGCGACACCGAGCCCGGCCGACACCAAGACCCGCCUCCCGGUCAACCUGCGGAGCAUCUCCCCCUGGGCCUACAGGAUCUCGUACGACCCGAACAGAUACCCCCGCUACAUCCCGGAGGCCUACUGCCUGUGUAAGGGCUGCCUGGUCGGGCCGUACGGCGGGCAGAGCCAGCAGUACCGCAGCGCCCCGGUCUUCGCUCCCUCCGUCAUCCUGCGGAGAACCGGCUCCUGUGUUGGCGGACGCCACUCCUACACCGAGAUCUACGUCUCCGUGGCCGUGGGUUGCACCUGCGUGCCGCUGAUGGAGAAGGAGCGAGACGGCCAGAGCAGCAACAAGAGCGUGGAGGGAGGAAAGCCCAAAACCAGACAGAUGUUCUCUACUGGGAAGAAAUCCUGAAGGAGACGGACAGACAGACAGACAGACAGACAGCUUUGGUUAAAAAAAGCUGAAUUUGAACAAUUGGACUCAAAAAUUAUACACCCAGGAAGACUUUAUUUAUAAAUUCAAGUAACUGGACGUGAGUGCUUGCAGCAGAUUUUAAUUUGGAGUAAUAGUAAAACAUCUGCCAUUAAAAAAAGACAAAUACAUAUAUCUAUGAUUUUUUUUUCUUUUUGCAUAGACCUAUGUCUGAAUUUUGUUUUGCAUGUCCCAAUUUCGCAAAAAUCCACCAAUCAUCUAAUUAAUGUGGGCCUUCUUCCGGUUUGACAUGAUUUCCCCGACCGAUGCUGCCAUCUACUGGUGGGAAAAGAAGCUACAGUUCAGUUACCGAGUUUUAUUUAACCGGAUUUAACACACCAAGGUUUUAUUAAAACGUCCUAGCAUUACAAGAUAAUAUUGGUUCCUUCAGUUUGUUGUCUUUAUCUGCCGCUUAAACCAAAAUUUAAGAGGCUUAAUUUAAUAACUCGUGCCCACGACUUGAUGACUGGUGGGAACGACUUGUUCGAUUUAAGUCGUGGCCACARGUUUUUUUUCUCUCCCGUGUUUGUAGGGUUCCCUCCUCUACUCGGAUAUUACCAAUAUAAAAACCUUUGGAAACCAAGAAGCCGCGGACCCCUGCUGCUAAAACAUGAUCCUGGUAAACCACCGUCUUCCACUUUUUAUCACGCAGCAAUGUUUGUCUAAAGCUCAGUCGUCAUUUUAUUAGGGAAGCGAUUCGACUUGAUUCCGGUUUUCGAUUAAAAAGCCAAUUUAUACUUUACGGUCUUUCUGUUUGAAUUAUGGGACUGACAAGAGGGUAAAAAAUUAAAAACAAUUUAAACUUUAAAGCAACUCUAUAUGGUUCCACACUAUUCUGUUUAAACAAAAAUAGGCUUGUGCAUAAUAUUAACUUAAAUUACUAUUAUUAAGUUAGCUUAGCUGUCUUGCUUUUUCCUAAAUAAUAAAGAAAUAUUCAAAAUAUAUUUUAAAAAGAUACUAAAAUCGUUUGUGAGCAUUUUGAACAGAAUCAAUUUCUUCCUUCACCCCACAUGUGUUUAGAGUUCAUUCUUCAGCUCAAACACACAGAAACAUUCAGUUAUGUUUUAAACUCAUAUUUAUCCAGUCACACAAAACUUAUCAAUGCUGAAUUAGUGCAUAAUGGGAAAAAAUGUUUUAUUUCAACUUAACUAUUAUUUUUAUACUGUCAGAUAUAAAGUGUUGACUAUUGGAAAUGUUUAUUUCUGAUAUUUGUGAAAGACAACUCAAAUGAAAAGCUACUAGAGCUCGGGUUCAGUCACGUGACUCAGGUAUGAUUUGCAACUUUUCAGCAUCGGUUUAAUGGAGAAAACAAAUGUGUUGAAUGUGAAAAUGUCUGAUUUCCCUUUUUGAGGUAGAUCCACUGAGACACGAGAGCAGAAAAAAGCUCUUGCUUUGAUAUAAAGAAUGAAAAAUGCAUCAUAAAAGUUGAAAACAC